AAAGCCGGGGGAGGAGCAGGGAGGGGACUUGGCAGCUCUUGAUCCGCUCAGUUCCGCGCACCCACGCCUCGCUGCUGUGCUCUGUGCCCCCCACCUGGGCAUGCGCCCCCGGCGACCCCGACCCCUCAGAGCCCUCACUGUCCCCUGGAGUCUCCUCGGCGCCAGCUGUUCAGGAUGGGCGCGCUCGGCCCCACGCUGCUGACGCCGCCACCACUGCUGUUGCUGCUGCUGCUAAUGUUGGGAGCUGGAUGUUAUGCCCGAGAAGUGCUGGUCCCAGAGGGACCCCUGUACCGAGUCGUUGGCACGGCUGUCUCCAUUCCCUGCAAUGUCAGCGGCUACGAAGGCCCUGCCCAGCAGGACUUUGAGUGGUUCCUGUAUAGGCCUGAGGCCCCUGAGGCGGCAGUGGGCAUUAUCAGUACCAAGGACGUCCAGUUCUCCUACACAGUCUUUGUGCCCCGCGUGGCUGCUGGUGAGGUGCAGAUCCAGCGUCUGCAGGGUGAUGCUGUUGUACUUAAGAUUGCUCGCCUGAAGGCCCAGGAUGCUGGCAUUUAUGAGUGCUACACACCCUCCACGGAUGCCCACUACCUGGGCAGUUACAGCGGCAAGGUGGAGCUAAGAGUUAUUCCAGAUAUGUUGCACGUGUCAGCUGCCCCCUCAGGGUCCCGAAACCGCCAGAUGCCAACCUCACCCCCUCGCCUGACUCUACACGAGGGCCAAGAGCUGGCCUUGGGCUGCGUGGCACAGACGAACACACAGCAGCACACACAUUUGGCAGUGUCCUUUGGGCGAGCUGUGCCAGAGGCACCAGUGGGGCGAGCGACUCUGCAGGAAGUGGUGGGACUGCGGCCAGACUUGGCGGUGGAGGCGGGAGCCCCCUAUGCCGAGCGUCUGGCCUCAGGAGAAGUGCGACUGGGCAAGGAGGGGAGUGACCGGUACCACAUGGUGGUGGGAGGUGCCCAGGCAGGGGACGCAGGCACCUACCACUGCACAGCCGCCGAGUGGAUUCAGGAUCCUGAUGGCAGCUGGGCCCAGAUCGCAGAGAAGAGAGCCGUCCUGGCCCAUGUGGACGUGCAGACACUGUCCAGCCAGCUGGCCGUGGCAGUGGGACCUGGUGAACGUCGGAUUGGCCCUGGAGAACCCUUGGAACUGCUGUGCAAUGUGUCGGGAGCACUGCCCCCCCAAGGCCGUCAUGCUGCCUAUUCUGUGGGCUGGGAGAUGGCACCAGCGGGAGCACCUGGGCCUGGCCGCCUGGUAGCCCAGCUGGACACUGAAGGUGUGGGUAGCCUGGGCCCUGGCUAUGAGGGCCGGCACAUUGCUAUGGAGAAGGUGGCAUCCAGGACCUACCGGCUUCGACUGGAGGCUGCCAGGCCCGGUGAUGCGGGUACCUACCGAUGCCUGGCCAAAGCCUACGUCCGAGGGUCUGGGGCCCGGCUUCGGGAGGCAGCCAGUGCCCGCUCCCGGCCCCUCCCUGUGCACGUGCGGGAGGAAGGAGUGGUGCUGGAGGCAGUGGCGUGGCUCGCAGGAGGCACCGUGUACCGGGGGGAGACUGCUUCCCUGCUCUGCAAUAUCUCUGUGCGGGGUGGCCCCCCAGGGCUGCGGCUCGCCGCCAGCUGGUGGGUAGAACGGCCAGAGGAGGGGGAGCAGGGCCAUGGCCCUGCCCAGCUGGUGGGUGGCGUGGGCCAGGAUGGCGUGGCUGAGCUGGGAGUCCGGCCUGGAGGAGCUCCUAUCAGUGUGGAGCUGGUGGGGCCCAGAAGCCAUCGCCUGAGGCUGCACAGUUUGGGACCCCAGGAUGAAGGCGUGUACCACUGCGCCCCUAGCGCCUGGGUGCAGCAUGCUGACUACAGCUGGUACCAAGCUGGCAGUGCCCGCUCCGGGCCCAUCACAGUCUACCCCUACAUGCAUGCCCUGGACACCCUGCUCAUGCCCCUGCUGGUGGGUGUUGGGAUUGCCCUAGUCACUGGAGCCACUGUCCUGGGCACCAUCACCUGCUGCUUCAUGAAGAGGCUACGCAAACGAUGAUUUCCUCCAUCUCC